CUAGAAUGGGAGUAGGUUACUAUGACAAGAUUGACAGGAACUUUUUUCUCAAGUGGAAAAAUCUGUAAUAAUCAACAAGGGUGAAUGGAGCAAAUCCUCCACGGUCCUACAAUCACCUCCCUACCUGGUGACCACCUACAACUUGGGUCUGUAAGCUUCACCAAUACAAUAAAUACUAUGUUCGGAUUUUUGGUUUCCUGAUAAUGGGUGUUACUUAUUCUAUCAUCCAAGUAACUCGUCUCUUCACAGAAGUAAUAUGGAGUAUGACAAUGAUUGCAUUGCAAAACACGGCUCAACAACUCAUGAAUGACUACACUGGCCAGCAGCGUGACAAUACACACUUAUCAAACAAAUAUUAUCAGUAUCUGUGGAUAAAACUUACAACUUCACAAAAACAAUUUUUCAGCGCUUUUUCAACAUUGUACAGCUGCCAAAUGGCAUUCAAUACCUUGAAUGCUCUGUUCAUGGGAUAUAACUGGUUAUUGCCCUUAGGGUUAGUGUACCAUAUGUUAACCACUGACAAUGUAGAUUCGCAGCUGUCAUAUAUGGCCUAUUUUUCGUUUCUAAUACUGACCUAUGUCUAUAUUUUGAUGGGAUCUACCACUGCUGAUUUGGCACAAAGAGCGAUGGAGAAAGAAACAAAGGAGAAACUGCUGAAGAUAAUUGGAAUGAACAAACAGAAACAACUUCCUUGUAAUCAGGAACAUUUAUUUUUGAAAAAUGUUACACAAACUGAUACUGGAAUAGAGCUGGGUUACUAUGACAAGAUUGACAGAAACUUUUUUAUCAAGGUUUUAUUUGCUUCUGCAAAUACCACCACUCUUAUAACACAAUUCCAGAGCAUAAUCGCCAGUAAUGAAAUAGAGUAUUGAUAGCAUGGAUGGAUCAAUCAAUAAUUGUGUAAGCUAUUCAUCAUACGAUAGAGUGCAUU